AUGUUCACAGCCACCAAGCUCCAGGUUGCCACGUACCUGCUUGGCGUCUGUCCCUUUUCCAUCGCAUUUCUGGUCUUUCUCAAUGCCUCAGUCUCGUUCGUUAUUACGGACCUCAUCGGCAAGGAGGAUGGCGUCGGUGAUGCCGUUGGGACCCUGGGUUUCGCCGAUGAGCUGGUGGCAUUGGUAGCAUGUCCACUAUGGGGCUUGCUCUCUGAUCGAAUGGGCUUGCGUCUUGUUUGUGUUAUGGGCUACCUGAUUAUUUGUCUAGCAUUGAUUUUGUUCGUCCAAGCCAAGAAUGUCUAUCCUGAGCUACUGCUGGCGAGGUUAUUCUUUAGCCUGGGGGGCGCCGCAGCUUCUACCAUGGUGACCGCGAUUCUUCCUGCUGUUGUAGCACAUUCUACAGGAUUUCCUGCCGAGAAUCGACCCGCCAGCGUAGCGCAAGCUAUUGGGGGCAAUUGCCACAUUUCCAGCCCGUCAAUUGAGUCAGAAGUUACCAUCACACCGGCAACAUUCUUGCCAAGAUCAUCUCACCGCAAAGACAAUGGGGAUAUGACAGCAGCUGACUCUGACAUCGCUGGUUCGACGAGUCGAGUUGCCGGAUUUGUGGGCAUGUUCACCGGCUGUGGUGCCCUAAUCGCCCUCGCUCUUUUUCUGCCCCUUCCGGCUAAGUUUCAGUAUGCAGGAGUCGGUGAGAAGGCUGCUCUGAAAGACAGUUUUUACAUCGUGGCAGCUGUGUCUUUUAUACUGGCUAUCUGGUGUUUCUUCGGUCUUCGACGUCUCCAAAGUGAUGCCGAACCCUGUUUCUCGAGAUCCCCCCUGUCUCAAGGCAAAGGAGCCAUGUCCCGCUUCGCCGACGCUUUCAGUCAAAUGUCGACCAAUUUUCAGACUGCUGUCAUGGCAGGAUUUAAACGUUCGGAAAUUGCUAUUGGGUACCUUGGAGGUUUUGUGGCCCGCGCAUCUUCUGUUGGCAUUUCUCUCUUCAUUCCUCUUCUUGUCAAUGCCACAUUUCUCUCAUCUGGCCUUUGUGUGGAUCCAGCCUCCGGCGAUGAUCCAACUGGUCUCCCGGACAUUAAGAGAAGGUGCCCUCGGGCUUAUGUUGUUGCUGCCGAAUUGACCGGUGUUACGGAACUGGUAGCCCUUCUCUUUGCUCCUGUAUUUGGCUACUGGGCAGCGAAAGUCACGAGAAAAGAAAUCCCGAUCUUGGUGGCCUCGAUGGCGGGAAUAAUCGGGUACCCCUUGUUCGCCAACAAAUUUGAUCCUGAUGACAGAAACACACCGCAACGGGUUGCAGCAUUCGUCGCUGUCUGUCUUAUCGGAAUCAGCCAAAUUGGCGCUAUCGUGUGCAGUCUGGGCACGCUGAGUCAAGGCGUACUUCGGAAAGAAGCGGACCAUCCGCACGGCGACCGACGAGCUGCAGAUCGCCUCGACGAGGAGGAGCCUCUUCUGACAGCCGCGCAAGUGGCAAUCGUGGAAGCGCCAUUGUCAGCAUUGAAGGGCUCUGUCGCCGGUGUUUAUUCACUUUACGGAGGGGCUGCGAUCCUGAUUCUAACAAAGAUUGGGGGUCUACUAUUCGACAAAGUCUCCUUGGCAGCACCGUUUUACAUCAUGGCAAUCUUCAAUGCAAUUCUCAUGCUAUCGUGUGCAAUCUCGAGUCUCUGGACUAGCAAGGCACUCGCGACACGACCGGAGUCUGGAUUGUCGGGUGGAGGCUAG